AGAUAAAAAUAUAAUUUUAGUUAGGUUUGAUGGGAUCAUCAGUUUAUGGAGGACUUGUAAUAGGUUCAUUUUUAGGAACAGGAAUAUUCGAUAAAUAUAAAACUAAACAUAUAGUCACAAUAAGUGUUUUAUGUUGCAUAUUAAGUUUAUCUUUAUUUAUAGUAACCAAAAAUAUAUUUCUUUUAUUUAUAUCAAGAUUUUUAACAGGAUUCUUUUAAGUAUGCAAUAUUAAUUUAUUUGGUAUUUUUAGUAGUAUUUUUCCCAGUAUGGAUAGAUUUAUUUGGAGAAAAUCGUAAAACUUUAUGGUUAACUUAUAUGUAAUUAGGAGUAGCUUUAGGAACAGUAUCAGGAUAUUUAGUAACUUCAUUAUCACUUCAUUUUUCAUCAGAUGUAAUUCAAAUAUAAAUUGUAUUAGUGGGUUUAUCCAUAUUAUUUACAAAUUAUUUUACUAAUACCUUGUUUUUUAUUUUAUUGUUUAUGUAAUGAAGAAAUGAUAACAACAUAAAAUAGAGAAGAAAGUAAUAUAAAUAAAGAAGAUUUCAAGACUAUUUUUGUAUAAAAUUUAAAAACUUUUUUUUAAAAUCCAGUUUUUGUUUUUUCUAUGUUAUCAUUAAGUUCAUUAUUUUUUGUAGUAACAGGAGUUCAAUUUUGGAUAACAGAUUAUCUUAGAAAUGUUUUAUUAAUGACACAUGAGGUAGUAUUUAAAUCAUUUUUAAUAAUAUCAUUGACUGCACCACUUAGUGGAGUAUAUUUAGGAGGUUUAAUUUUACAUAAUUUUGGAGGAUAUGAUGGAUAAAUGGCAAUGCAAAUAGCAGCUAUUGAAGCAUUAUUAGCAAGUAUAUCAGGAGCAUUUAUUCCAGUUUUUAAUAAUGGAAUAUAUGUUUUAAUAUUUUUAUGGUUUUUAUUAUUUUUUGGAGGUAGUGCUGUACCAGCAAUUAUAGGUAUAAUGAUUACUUCAAUUCCAAAAGAUUAAAGAUCAAGUGGUAAUUCAUUAAGCCAUUUGUUUUAAGAAUUAUUAGGAUAUUUACCUGCACCUGUUUUAUAUGGUUAUAUUACAUAAUAAACUGGAGGAUCAACAUCUCGUUGGGGAAUGAUUCUUCUCUCUAUUUUUGGAUUUUUCGGUUUAUUCUAUAUUGUAUUAGGAAUCAUUUUCAAAUCUAAAUAAUUAAAAGAAUUGAAUAAUUAGGAAAAUUAAUCAGAAUUAAUUAAUAAAGUUUCUCCUUUAAAUUCAUAAAAUAAAAAUGAUAUUAAAUUAAAAUCUGAUUUUAAUUGGGUUAGAAUGCAAACUUCUAUAUAAUCAGGAAAAUCAGUUACAAUUCCAAUUUAAUAAGAUUAAAUUGAUAAUGAUGUCUAAUUUGAUAAUCAAACAUCCCUUUUACAUAUAAAUCGCAAUUUCAAAUCAAGAGCUGCAUAUCGAAGAUAAGCUUCUGUUACUUAAGCUUUAUCCAAUUUUUCAAAUCUUCUUGGAAGAGGUAGUCUUGAUAGUGAUUUAUUUUCAAUUAAACAUGAAUAUGAAAAAUAAUAAAUCUAAAAUUAUACUAAUGAAAUCGAACUCUAAGUUGCUGGAGAUUAUUAUCUAGUAAGUGAAGGUAGAUAUGUAAAAUUUAGAGAAAAUUGA